CACCAACAUAAACAAUGGAAACGCACAUGUUUCUACUACGAUGAGAACACAUUGGUAUCUGGCUAGAAGAUGUUAUUCGGCGAAAAGUAUUUACUCAUCUACUGUGUUGGUUCCAAAAACGAAAUUUCCUGUGAAAAUUGGAAAGAAAACAAACGAACAUGAAAUAGAAAUUCAAAAUGUUUGUGACUUCUCUGGUCUUUACAAAUGGCAGUAUCUGAACAACACAAGCGAUAAACAGUUCAUUCUACAUGAUGGACCUCCGUAUGCAAAUGGUGAUGUUCAUGUUGGCCAUGCUUUGAAUAAGAUAUUAAAAGACAUUACGAAUCGAUAUAAAUUACUUCGAGGUUAUCAAGUCCAUUAUAAACCUGGCUGGGAUUGCCAUGGGUUGCCUAUAGAAAUCAAAGCAAUCAAAGCAAAUGAAUUCAAAACAUUAAACACAUCAGAAAUUCGUAAAAAAUCAAAAUCUUUUGCUGAAGAAACCAUCGAGAUUCAAAAGCGAGCUUUUCAGCGUUGGGGAGUGAUGGCAGACUGGGAGAACAGCUGUUAUUACACUUAUGAUAAAGACUACCAAGCCAAAGAACUCAAUUCUUUUUAUAAACUAUACAAACGGGGUUUUGUAUACAGAGCGUUGAAACCUGUGUAUUGGUCGCCCAGCAGUGGAACUGCAUUAGCUGAAUCUGAGUUGGUAUAUAAUGACAAUCAUGUAAGCAGAUCAGUUUACGUCACAUUUCCAUUGUUGUCAAAAUUACCAGAACUUUCCUUUGAUGAUGUCAUAAAGGUGCUUGUUUGGACAACCCAACCGUGGACAUUGCCAGCCAAUCAAACGCUCUGUUUUUCUUCAAACAUUAAAUACUGCAUUGCAUCAUGUUCACACGCAUCUGGCCUUUACUUGUUAGCUGUUGAUUGUAUUGAAGCCAUAGCUCGACAAACGGGUAAAAAGUUUAAUAUCAUUCAAACAUUUGAUGGAAGUUGUUUGGAGGGGAUGAUAUGUCGUCAUCCAAUGUAUUUGGAGAGAACAGUUAGGAUGAUAAGUUCAGAUGUUGCCAAUACUUCAAAGGGGACCGGUGUUGUUCAUAUUGCCCCUGCUCAUGGAAUGGAAGAUUUUGGGAUCGGACAGAAGCAUAACUUAAACACGGAAAGUUCAGUCAACUCAGAUGGUGAAUUCAUGGCAGGCAUUGAUCCAAAUCUUGAAGGGAAAUUUAUUUUCACCACUGGUAAUAAAGCUGUGGUUGAAAUGUUGAAGGAAAGGAUGAAUUUGUUCCACGAACAUGAUUGCAAACACAGCUAUCCUUACGAUUGGAGGACCAAGCAACCAAUAUUUGUUCACACAAGCAACCAAUGGUUUGUUGACACUGCAAUGCUUGCUAAUAAAGCUGAAGUCGCAAUAUCAGGCAUCACAACAUACCCUGAUAAUGGAAGAUCAAGCAUGUUAAAUAGAUUACAACUACGGAGUUAUUGGUGUAUUUCAAGACAGCGUGCAUGGGGUCUACCAAUUCCAGUUUUCUAUCAUAGAGAGAGUGGUGAGCUUCUAUUGAAUGAAUCCACCAUCCAACACCUUGUAUCCCUCGUAUUAAAACAUGGGGCUGAUAUUUGGUGGGAGGGGUCGAAUUCAGAACUUCUUCCCUCGGAAUAUAAUGCAGAUGAAUACGAACGUGGGAGCGAUAUUUUGGACAUCUGGUUCGACAGUGGGGUCUCAUGGGAUUGUGUGUUAAGAGACAACAAAAACAGAACAACAGAAGCGGAUUUUUAUAUUGAGGGUAAAGACCAAUAUGGAGGGUGGUUUCAAUCAUCCUUGCUUACCAGUGUUGGUUUACAAGGAGUAGCUCCGUAUAAAAACCUCAUGGUUCAUGGGUUUGUGUUGGACGAGAAAGGACAGAAAAUGUCAAAGUCGAUCGGAAACGUAGUAGACCCGAUGGUAUUAACAAAUGGGGGCAAGAACCCACAGAGAGACCCAGCAUAUGGAGCAGACGCAUUACGAUGGUGGGUGGCCGAAUCUAAUGUUCAUCAAGAUGUUCAUAUCAGCACAACUAUCAUUAAAUCUGCAGCUGAAUCUGUACAGAAAAUCCGUAACUCUGUAAGAUUCAUGCUUGGUAACUUGAAUGAGUUUGAUGAAACAAAAGUUGUACCGACACCAGCCAUGCUUGUUCUGGAUCAAUAUUUUAUGGAUGUGUUGAGAACGUACAGACGUGAGGUGACCACUGCAUAUGAGGUGUAUGAUUACUCACUCGUAACUAGACUUACUUUAAAGUUCAUCAAGAAGUUUUCCAACAUUUAUUUUACCAUCGUUAAAGACAGACUUUACUGCGAUGAAAAAGAAAGCUUAAGAAGAAGAUCUUGCCAGAGUGUUUUAUAUUUCACUCUUGAUGUUCUACUUAAGUCAGUCGCUCCGAUUCUUCCACAUUUAGUUGAAGAAACAACGUUAUAUAACCCAACUAACAAUCAAUCAGUGUUCAAGUCAGGUUGGUACACUGAUGACAUCACUGGUGUGAACAUAGAUAUCAUAAAUGCCGUUGAAACAGCUUUAAAUAUUCGGGAUGAUUUCAAUCUUGCUAUUGUUGGAAAACAACCAACCACUUAUGAUGUCACAAUAACAACUGAUGACAAUGUUUACAAAACAUUGAAGAUGCUCACAGAGGGAGAGGGCAAUGAAACAACAUUAAGUGAGAUACUAACAUGCGCUGAAUGUACUGUGGUAGGAGGAGGUGACACGCCAUGGGAGGUCGAUGUAAACACUACAACGAUGUGUAAAUGUCCGAGGUGUAGGAGGUAUAUAGUGACCUCUAGUGGGCAGGUUUGCGAUCGUUGCAUGAAAGCAAUGACGGAUGGUUGGAAUGAAUGAUGGUUUAUGACCACGGAAGCCUUCAAACCAAUGGUUCGUAACAUUUUCUUUAUUAUGCCAAAAUGCCCAUGAAAUUUACCUCGCAUCAGCAUGACAAUAAAAUUACAAUUACAACCU